AUGGAGAAAUACCGAGACCUGAGUCGUGCAUUGGAGAGCUUUCAAAUGCAACCGAUGCACGUUCAGGGCAGCAUAGGGGCGCUUUUACUACUCACACUUGUGACCGUGAUUGUGGUCUCAUGGCUAGAGCGGACGAGCAAGGAAAAGGUCGAUUUCCCAAUCGUGGGCAGCACCGAGGUCAAAGAUUUUCGGCCAAUACUAGAGGAAGGGACCAAGCGAUACCCAAACAGCCCGUUCAUUAUCCCUACCACUAUGCACGACAUUAUCGUACUUCCGAUAUCUGCGGUGGAGGAAAUCAAGCGUUUGCCAGAAUCGCAGAUCUCACUACGAAAACAUCACUAUGAAGUGUUCCAAGGCCAAUAUACCAAGUUUGGCACAGACACCGACGAGCUGGAUGCCGCCAUCCGCAUUGACCUAACGCGAAGAGUGGACAAGAUACUGUUGGCGUUCCAAGAUGAAGUAGAAUACGCUUUUUCUGUGGCUGUUGGUACUGCAGAGACGCCGACGGCUGUUACUGUCUACCCCCGCAUGUUGAAAGUGAUCGCCUUGCUCAGCAGCCGUGUCUUCGUCGGGCUCCCUCUAAGUCGGAACGAUGAGUGGCUCAAGACGGUCUGUUCGUACUCUAUGGCCGUCGCGAACGGGGCGCACAACCUUGCACCAUAUCCGGCGUGGAUCCGACCAAUUAUAGCCCCGUUCAUGCUUACCGAAUUGAAAAGAGCACAUGCCUCCGCAGCUGAGAUGCUCGGUCCCAUUUUAGCCAAGUACAAGGACGCGGACAUGAGUAGUCAGAAUGUGGAAAACCUGGCCGGGAGUGAGGGCGGCGACUUCAUCGGUUACAUCCUCUCGCACUACAAGCGCACUGUGACUCCUGAGCAGCUUGGGCUCGACCAACUCAUCGCCACCUUCGCUGCACUGCAUACAACCACUAUUGCUCUCACACAAGUGAUUUUCGAGUUGGCUCAAAGACCAUGUUACGUUGAACCACUUCGAGAAGAGAUCUUCACCGCCCUUGGCAGUCGCGAAUCUCGCCUGCCGCAGUUCAACAAAGACACGAUCCACAGUUUGAGGAAGAUGGACAGCUUCAUCAAGGAAACGCAACGAGUCAAUCCGCCUUCUUUGAUAACGAUGCACCGUAUUGUCACUGACCCGGAAGGAUUACGGCUGAAGUCGGGUCAUCGGAUCCCUCUUGGUCAUCAUAUUGGCGUCCCAAAUCAUCUCGGCAACAUCUCUCAUCCGGAUCAGGACCAAUUUAUCGGUUUCCGUUGGUCUGAUAUGCGUGACCAGCCAGGUCAAGAGACCGCACAUCAGUGGGUUACAACUGGUCUCGGCCACCUCAAUUUCGGUCACGGUAGUCACUCUUGUCCAGGCAGGUUUUUUGCAGCCAACGAGAUCAAAGUUGCCCUAUCCUACGUCUUGCUUAAUUAUGACAUCUGCUAUCCCGAAGGUGAGACCAGGCCCGAGAAUAUUCACACCAACACCAUUGUAUUACCAUCGGAGUCGGCUCAAGUCUUGUUUAAAUACAAACGGCGAGACGAAUAA